GACUCUUAAGUCUAAGCACACACCACUCUUUUUCAACCAUAUAUUUUUCUUCUCUCUCUCUUUCUCUCUCUCUCCAAUGAAUUUCCACCAAAACCCUAACCCUAAUAUGACUCAUAACCAUUUUGGGGGGAAUAUCGACCCUCUCAUGGACUUUGAACUCUCUGAUUUCUUAGUCUUUGAGGAUGGAGGUGUAGUACUUGAUCAUCAUCAUCAAUUUGACUCUUUAUCUUCACAGAGCUUUCCUUCCCCGGAAAAUAAUUUUGUGUCUAGCAACGACGGUGGAGGCGGCUGCGAUGACAACUACGGUUGUUAUACUGAUGAUCAAACCAUCAACAGUAUGAUGAUUGGUGCAACAUCAACUAACACUAACAAUAAAAACAGAAAAAAUAAGAUGGAUGAAGUGGGUCAUAGAGUUGCUUUUAAAACAAAAUCAGAGCUGGAGAUAAUGGAUGAUGGUUUCAAGUGGAGAAAGUAUGGGAAGAAGUCAGUCAAGAAUAGCCCAAAUCCCAGGAACUACUAUAAAUGUUCAAGUGGAGGAUGCAAUGUGAAGAAGAGAGUAGAAAGAGACAGAGAAGACUCAAGCUAUGUGAUAACAACAUAUGAUGGAGUCCACAAUCAUGAGACCCCUGGUGUCCUCUAUUACAACCAAAUGCCUCUUAUGGCUCCAAAUGCUUGGAAUUUACAACCUAAUCACCAUUUUUCUCAUUCUCACUCUAACUCUCACUCUCACUCUUCCUCUUCUUCAUAAAAUAUAUAUAUUAAUUAAUUACACUAAAUGAAGUUCUAUAUACAUAUAUAUAUAUAUGAAUAUUGUAAUCUUGUUAUAAAAUUUAAGGAAAGGUCAUAUUAGAAUAGUAGUAAGUGCCAUCUUGUAAAUAUCAUAUUAAUGUGAUACAAGAAACAUGUAGAGAGUCAACGUGAAGUUUUAAAUCAUAUCGAAGGGUACAUAUAUAUAGUCCAGCAGAUGACAAAUGUUUUUUUCUUUCUUCUUCUAUUGAAAUUGAGGAAUUUAUGUUCUUGAAUUGGUG